AUGUACCCGACAAGCAGAGCGCAAGAUGCUGCACGGUGUCAUGUUUGCGAAAAUUUGGAAAUUCAUGUACGCUGUGUCUCUUGUCGAGAAGAUCUUUGUCGGAGUUGUGUUAACAAGCAUUUUGAUUCCGAUUUAUCAAAAACACACAACAUUGUUAGCUACAAACAAAGACAUGCAGGUAAAAUAAGAUUUUCAUUAUGUGAUAUUCAUAAACAAGUCUGCGAAUUAUUGUGUGAACCGUGCUGGAAACCAGUAUGUAGCAAAUGUAUAACACGAGAACAUCAGUCGCAUUCAUUACGUGAAAUAGAGGAAAUAAUCAAGAACAAAAAGAAGGAAUUACAGGAGGACACAUCUUUAAUCGAAAAUAAGACAAUACCAAACUUCUUACAAUCAAUAUCGCAACUGGAAACCGAACUUUCAAAUUUUAGCAAGAAGUACAAGAAAAUCCACGAUGCCGUUCAAAACCAGGCAAGAUGUCUUCACCAAGCUGUAGAUGAAAUGAUGGAAAAUAUCAAAAGAGAACUGCUGCAAAUGGAGGAACUUCACGAAGUAAGGUUGAGAAAUGAAUUGAUGUCAUUGAAAAACUCGCUUUCCAUCAUGACAAAGAACGUUUUGGUGAACAAGGGCGUUCUUCAGCGUUUUGAUGUAUUAGAAAUCCUGAAUCAUUAUUCAAAUCUUGACAAGAAAUUAAAUCCAACAUAUGAAAGAAUACAAUUUCCUUUGUUUUUGAAAAAGUAUGUAACAGAGAAGUGCAUAAGAGAAAUGUUUGGAAGAAUCAAACAUCCACUUUCAUCAUCUCUUAUCGAAUCUGGCCAGCGACAUUUCCUCAAAGAAGCAAGAGUGGUUUCAACCAUACAUGUUGAAAAUUCCUCAGUCCUCAAUGGGAUAGCAUGCAUAAAUUCAGAGGAGGCGUGGAUUAGUGAAUGUGAUGACCAUGUCAUACUGAGAAAAAAUAUUCAUGGCGAUGUAACGGGAAGUGUCCAAAUACAUGAAUUUCCGGAAGCUAUUUCAUCAAAUACAGAGGGUGAACUAUAUUUUACAUGCUGGGAAAAACGAUCAAUCAUGAGAUAUAAUGAAAAUGGUUUUCAUAAAAUUCAUCAGUUUAACGAUUGGUUACCGAAGGGACUUUACUGUACAUCGUUAGGAGAUUUACUUGUAUGUAUGAAGAGCGAUAGUAACCAGAGUCGAGUUGUUCGAUUCAAAGACAAUCAGAUCACGCAAACAAUUCAGUAUAAUGGAAAUAAUCCCCUGUUUGAAAAUGCCACUUUUGUUACUGAAAAUAGAAAUGGUGAUGUCUGCGUUUGUAAUUCACGCAAUGAAUCACGAGACAGUAUCGUGGUAGUUUCAAAAGGGGGACUUCUUAAAUUCGUGUAUGAAAGUGAAUCAGCCUCAGCAACUCUACGAGGCAUAGCGACAGAUAGUGCCUGUUGUAUCUUAUUCAUAUACCAUAACGAUCAACGUAUUCACAUGUUGGAUAAAAAUGGGAAGUUUCUGACUUUUAUUAAUGCAUGUACUGACGAUUACAUGUACUGGAAUGGGAUAUCUAUUGACAAAGACAACAAAGUUUGGCUAGCCGAAAUUUACGGAUGUCGUGUAAAAGUAUUCAAGUACUUACACUAA